UGCCCCGCGCUUACAAUCGUAUCUUGAGAUCGAACACCCAUCCAUCAUAUCGAUUUCACCACAAUGGCCUUCCGUCGCCGUCCAUGCUGCCUCCUAGCUCUUCUCCUCCUCUCCCUGCUGACAGUCGGGCUCGCCGCUGCCGGCCCCGGCGACAUCGCCGUCUUCUGGGGCCGGAACAAGGAUGAGGGCACCCUGCACGAGGCCUGCGACACCGGCGCGUACACCACCGUCAUCAUCUCCUUCCUCAGCGUCUUCGGCCACGGUAGGUACCAGAUCGACCUCUCCGGCCACCCGCUGAACGGCGUCGGCGACGACAUCAAACACUGCCAGUCCAAGGGCAUCCUCGUGCUCCUCUCCAUCGGCGGGCAAGGCGGCGAGUACUCCCUCCCCUCCUCCCAGUCCGCGACGGACCUCGCCGAGUACCUGUGGAACGCCUACCUCGCGGGCUCCCGCGAGGGCGUGGCCCGCCCGUUCGGCGACGCGGCGGUGAACGGCGUGGACUUCUUCAUCGACCAGGGAUCGACGGAGCACUACGACGAGCUGGCCAGGCGCCUAUACAGCUACAACAAGUACUACCGCGGCGGGGGGGUGACGCUGACGGCGACGCCGCGGUGCGCGUACCCGGAUCAGCGGCUGGAGGCGGCGCUGGCGACGGGGCUCUUCAACCGCAUCCACGUCCGGCUGUACGGCGACCAGAGGUGCACGUGGUCGGCGAGGGAGUCGUGGGAGAAGUGGGCAGCCGCGUACCCGGGCAGCCGGAUCUUCGUCGGGGUGGUGGCCUCGCCGGAGGCGGACGCCGACGCCUACAUGUCCCCGAAGGACCUCUACUACGGCGUGCUGCAGUUCGCCCAGAAGCUGCCCAACUACGGCGGCAUCAUGAUAUGGAACAGGUACUACGACAAGAAGACCGGCUACAUGGGCGGCUAACGACCUUCCGACGCUAUAUGAUUCGCUUAAGCUUAAUCUUCAAGCUUGUUUGUAUACAUAUAUAGUAUAUAUAUAUCUAGUGUAAUGCGCAAAUAAAAUGAGGACACAAUGUGGCUAUGUCCACCAGUAUAUGUCUGAUUAAAUAAAUAAGGGAAGUGUACAAUUUACAACCUCCAA